ACCAAUCAGAGCACGCGCCCAGGGUCUCUGAACAUUUGCAUGUUGGUGUGAAUAAAUACCCCUGCACUCUUACCCCUAACUAUUCAGCUUUGAGAUUUUUCUAAAGCAGCAUCAUCAUGCCUGAGCCAGCAAAGCCCGCGCCCAAGAAGGGCUCAAAGAAAGCCGUCACCAAGAGCGCCGCCAAGAGUGGAAAGAAGCGCAAGAGGUCCAGGAAGGAGAGCUACGCCAUCUACGUGUACAAAGUCCUGAAGCAGGUUCAUCCCGACACCGGCAUUUCUUCAAAGGCGAUGGGCAUCAUGAACUCUUUCGUUAACGACAUCUUUGAGCGCAUCGCCGGUGAGUCUUCUCGUCUCGCUCACUACAACAAGCGCUCCACCAUCACCUCGAGAGAGAUCCAGACCGCCGUGCGUCUCCUGCUGCCCGGUGAACUCGCCAAACACGCCGUGUCUGAGGGAACAAAGGCCGUCACCAAAUACACGAGCUCCAAGUAAAG